UGAAGUUCCAACGUGAUAACAAGAAUCUGAGGGCAAGCGAAAUGUCCCACUUCACAAAGAAAAGGAAAUUAGACAAAAAUGUGCAGGAUAACCUGUACUUUGACAGCUAUUCCGAUGUUACCAUUCACGAGGAAAUGAUUGCAGACACUGUCCGGACGAACACGUACAGGACAGGGAUACUGAGGAACAGCAGUUUGAUCCAAGGGAAAGUAGUGUUGGAUGUCGGGGCAGGAACCGGUGUUCUAAGCAUAUUUUGCGCCCAAGCCGGGGCCAGGAAAGUUUACGCGGUGGAGGCUAGUUCAAUCGCUGAUCAAGCUGUUAAAAUCGUUAAACACAACAAGAUGGAAGACAUAAUCGAUGUGAUUAAAGGGACUCUGGAGACAAUCGAUUUGCCGGAGCAGGUGGACGUGAUAGUAAGCGAGUGGAUGGGGUACGCGCUGCUUCACGAAUCUAUGCUGAAUUCUGUCCUCUUCGCCCGCGACAAAUGGCUUAAAGCCGGCGGCCUUAUUUUGCCUUCCAAGGCCGAACUGUACAUUGCACCCAUCAAUGACUUGGUGGUGGAGGACCGGCUAAGUUUCUGGUCAACUGUGAAGGACCAGUACGACGUGGACAUGUCGUGCAUGUCUGACUUCGCCAGGAAAUGCAUCAUGAGCAAUGACAUCACCGUGAACUUGGUGACGGUAGAGGACGUGCUCUCCCACCCCUCCAAGUUCGCCGAGUUAGAUCUGUACUCGGUUACCACGGAGCAGCUGAAAUCCGUGAAGGGGGCAUUCAAGUGCGAGUGUUUCGGUUCGUCUGCCGUGAACGCGCUCUGCGUGUGGUUCACGGUGACCUUUCCCGGUGGCGAGGAAAAGCCCCUGGUUCUCUCCACAUCUCCGUUCAAACCGGAGACGCACUGGAAGCAGGCAGUGUUGUAUCUGGAUGAAGCAGUGGAUGUUAGACAGGACACCACAGUGGUGGGCGAGGUCAACAUGUAUCCCUCAGAGGACAGUUCCAGACAUAUAUGCAUCCACGUGGACUACACUAUAGGAGAACUCAAAAAACAGUCCAAGACCUUUUCCAUCCCUGAUGGUUAUUCAGGAGAGGCUCAACAAUAAUGUUUAGGCCUAAUCUUUGACAGUUUAAGCAAUGUCAACCUUACAUUAACCUGGCUUAGCAGCAAAGAGGGAUACUUGGUAAUUAAUUGUUGGCCAAGGCCUAAGUUGUAAUGAUGGAAAGAAUCCCACUAUUGUGUAGUUUAUGCUACAGAGUUUCUUGAUGUCUUUGAACUUGUGAAAGAGAGGCAAAGUGUUGUGGUAAUUGAUCUGAAUUGAAUAGUUAAGGGAAUGGAAUGAAAUAAAUACAUUUAACAA